AUGAUAUAAACAAGUUAAAUAAAUUAGCGAGAUUAUUCUCAAAAUUCACAAAGUAAAGAAAGGAAGUUAUCUCCAUAAGAUUGUAAUUAAUCGAAGUCAAGUCUCACAUGCCAGCUACAAUAAUAAAAUAGGAUUUUAAUUGAAAGAAAGAAUGAACUACUAGCAUCUUUUGAUAGCGAAAAUAACAAUCAAAUUAAUAAUAUGGAAUCAUUUUAAAGAAGCGUUGGUAAUCAUAAAAGAAUGCAUUUAUAGUAAAAAAAAAAUAUAGCUGAAAAUGAGAGCAAUUUAUUUUAUAAUCCUGUUGAAAAUCCUAUAAAUUAUAUCGAUAAAAAGGGAAAUUAAACUUUAAGCUUAGGCUAGUAGAUGCUAGAUAAUAGAAUUUAAAAGAAUAGAAGCUUAUCAAUAUCUGAAAGGAAGGAUGAUUUGCUUUUGUUUUAUAAAUACAAAAGUGGGUUUAGUAAAUCAGGAUUAGCAUCUCUAGAAAGAUCUCCAUUUGAUUAUUAACAAUAAUAAUUGUAAAUUAGAUAAUAGUAAAAAAAAGUUAUUGGAGAUUACUAUCAAAAGAGUAAUAACAGCACUGCUCACAAUUAAUAAAUUACUUACAAAAAAACAAACAUACAAAAUAACCCUAAAUAUAUCAUCAAGUUAAAUCCUUCUCCUCCUCCAUCAUCUAAAAAGAAAAAAAUUCUUAUCAAAAAAAAUCACCAAAAUAGUCCAAAUAAGCGAAAAAUAACGACUGAUAAAUCAAAUGAAGUUCUACCUCUAUAACUUUAGGAAAAGCUCCCAACUUAGUUUUUCUACUCUAGAUAACACUAGAUGAAUCAAUUUGAGAAUUCACUAGGAACUGGUUAAUCUUUUGGUACAGUUAGUAUCAGAGCAGAUGCAUAAAAUUAGUUAGUCAAAAAUCACAAUUUACUUAAAGAUAGCUUGUCCUAGCACUUUAGGGUAUAAACUGAACCAAAUCAAAUUAGCAUUUCUGAAUUUGAGAAUGAGAUGCCUUAAAAAAAAGAUUAUUAUGACCCAGAGCCACUUUCAACUAUUGACGAAUAAAAUAUUCAUUAAUCUUUACUAAAUAAUGUUUUGCCUAAUAUUAAUUUGUAAGUUAACAAAUCAAGUCCAAUGCUAAAAAGUACAACAGAGGAUUCUAAUAAUUUUAAAAGCAUUAAUAUUUUGAAUAAAACAUUAAAUAUUGAAGCUAAGGAUAUGACUUAAAUACAAACUAAUAGGACUCACUCUUUGGAGAAAGCAAACAAAACUGUUAACUAGUCAUCUAACGAUAAAUUUUUAGUACUGGAAAGUAAAGAUAGCUCUUUAUCACCUUAAAAAAGAAUUAUUAAACUAAAUCAUCAAUCAUCAAAUUUAAGUAGCAAUUUAAAUUCAGCUUCACCCCUAAAAAGGGGAUAAUCGAUCUAUGAAAAAAGUGCGGUGUAAUCAAAAACGAGCUUAGUUAAUUUAGACAUGCUAGAAAAAGAUUUAAUAGAUAUCUAAAAAGAAUAUAACUUAAAUUCAAACUCACCACUGAAAAGAAUGAAUACUCUUGAAUAGAGUUAGUUAAAGAAUACAAAUUCAGAACAAAAGCUACAAAGCCAAGGCACAUAAAAAUGGUUAAAAAAGCCUUCUUAGUAUACUAUCCUCAACGACGAAUGUGCUUAUUCUCCUGAAAAAACGAUAGAUUUUGAAAAUAAACAAUUAAAUUCAUGCAGAAGUUUACAAGAAUAAUCUAUUUCCCCAUAAAGUUCACCAAUUAUAUAAAGAAAUAUAUUAUCCCACAGAUCUAGCUUAGAAAAAGUAAUUUAAUCUAAAGCAAACCAAACUUAUUUAGAGGAUAAGUUCAUCUAAGGUUAAAAGAAAAAUAGAAUAACACUAAAAAAAAUAGAUAGCAAUUAAAAAGUAUCACUAGAAUAAAGUACAAUCGCAAGUCCUAAUUAGUCCAUAUAAAAUUUUUAAUAAAACCAAAAUAAAAUUUAAGAUAUUAAUUAAGGGAAAUUAAUUAAUAUAUUCAAUGAUCAAGGUUAUAUCUAAAAUGCUAACAAACAAUUUAAGUUAUAAAGAAGUUAAAAAGAAUUUGAUUUGAAUUUAAAUUAGAGUUAAAAUCAAAAAAAUAUAAUUCAAUAAAAUGUUCUAAUAGAUGGGUAUGGAGUUUCUUUAGUCACUUAGUUUUAACAUUUAAAGAAUUAAAAAGUUGAUGUAAAAAUCAAAGACGAGAUUUCAGAAGAUGAUGAAAUCAUGGAAGAGGCAGAAUUCAGCUAAAAUUAAUCGAUAAUUCAAAAAUACGAAGAAAAAGGCUUGCUGAAAGAUCGACACUAUAUAAAGUACCACAAAGAAAUAAUUAAUAUGCUUUAAGCUCAUGAGAAAGAUGGGAUUACUAAAAAGCAAUCAUAAGAACUGCUUAAUUUAAUCUACAGAGCCAAAAAGUAUGAAAAUUUUGCAAAAUUUAUGGAAGGAUGCUAGGAACUUCAAACAGAUUUGAAUUUCUUGGAUUAAGACUUAAAAGAAUAAACAGAAAGUUUAGAAUAAAAAAAAGAUAAUCUAGCAUAAAUAUUGGAAGUUUUGAAUGAUAUAUAAGAUAUUGACCCCACAAAACAGCAAGAACAAUUAAAGACAAGAUUAUAAGAUUUGAAGAAAAUAAAAAUAGAUACAAUUUAGAAUACAAAAUAGUACAUCUCUGAGAUGAACUAGAUUAAAAGUUCUGAAAAAGUUUACUAAUUAAGUGGCUUGGAUAAAAGAAAAUUUCUUAAAAAUAACUUAGAUAAAUUAAAAAAAUAAAAAUAAAAAAAUACAUUACAAUAAUAUAAAAAAGUAUGUAAAACAGAAAAUUUAAUCAUUUGA